GUGCCUCUCCUGGGCUUGAAAUUGAGGAACUGAGGAGGCGGUGGUGGCGAGAGUCAGUCUUUCAGAGCACAGGAUGGAACAAGAACUCCAGCCACUGACUCUGUCUCAUGUAUCUGCAAGGGCCGAGGAGAUUAAUGACCCAAGGAGGCUAUGAUAUGGUCCAAAAACUUUUCCUGGAUUUUUUCCGUAGGCGGCUGAGCCAGAGGCCAACUGCGGAAGAACUGGAACAGAGGAACAUUUUGAAACCUCGGAAUGAACAAGAGGAACAGGAGGAGAAGAGAGAGAUCAAGAGGAGGCUAACCCGAAAGCUCAGCCAAAGGCCCACCGUGGAAGAGCUUCGGGAAAGAAAGAUCCUCAUCCGCUUCAGUGACUACGUGGAGGUGGCUGACGCUCAGGACUAUGACCGCAGGGCAGAUAAGCCGUGGACCCGCCUCACCGCUGCAGACAAAGUGAGCAGAGGGGAGUGCUGGAGAGUGGGAGGCAAGAUCAUCUGCUGGGUGUCUCGCCGGGCUCACCGCUGGGGAGUGUGUAGGGAGACCCGCAGCCAGGCCUCAGCUGCAGUCCCCGUAAUGGAGUGUUGGGACCCCAACACCUUUCCCCAGGGGCCACAGAUAAUCUGCAGAAAGGCUGCUGAAUCGAAGAAAACACAAGGCACAUAAUACUGUGCCCAUUUUACAGGAGGAGGAGCAGCAGCCUAGGAGGCUGUGCCCAGAGAACGAGAAUAGCACUGGAUAGGCGUAGACAGGUGAAGGCAUGAGG